UCUUUCUCUGGGCCGAAGACGAGGCCGCCUCACUGCCCGCUUAACAUAUCAUUCCGCAUUUCAACACCUUCGGUUGUUGAUUUGAUAAAGCAGACCAAACAGUAUCAUACAAACAAGCGCCCGCGUUCGCUCGCUCGCCGGUUACGUGUUGACGUUCGACUGGAAACUUGCGCGAAAAAACUCGGGCUCGUAUUGUUCUCCCUGGGACGGGGUUUUCGGUGCCGUCGCCGCAGAUCGAGUGGAACGUGCUUGGACGGUGCAUAUAUAUAUGGUGCAUAAGUUGCAUGUGAAUGCGGUGGGUUUAAAAACAAAGAUUAUUCUGGCGUGAUCGCAGCUGACGAGGCUACGUUCCUUGUGACGGUGAAGAAUGCACAAUACAGUUAGUGAAGACGAUGUUUGCCGCUCGCUAGAAUGUACUUGAGAGUGUAGCAAAAGAACCAAAAGUGACCGUGAGCGUAAAGAGGCUGAAGAUAUUCGCAUUGCAAUUGAAUGGUAAGGCACAGAGUGAGUGAUUGCGUAGUGUAAAACAAAUAAACAAGCAAACAAAAUACCGGAUUAAAAUGCCACGACCAUCCCGUGACACGUACGGCGACCAGAAGCCCCCGUACUCGUACAUCUCCCUAACCGCAAUGGCCAUCUGGUCCUCGCCCGACAAAAUGCUACCGUUGAGCGAUAUCUACAAGUUCAUUACCGAUCGGUUUCCGUACUAUCGCAAAAACACCCAGCGCUGGCAGAACUCGCUCCGGCACAACCUUAGCUUCAACGAUUGCUUCAUCAAGGUGCCCCGGCGGCCGGACCGGCCCGGCAAGGGUGCGUACUGGGCCCUCCAUCCCCAGGCGUUCGAUAUGUUCGAAAAUGGCAGCUUGCUGCGGCGGCGGAAGCGCUUCAAGCUGCACAAAACCGACAAGGACAUCCUGAACGAGGAGCUGGCGGCGCUGGCCAACAUUAAUCGGAUAUUUCUCGCGCAAAACUCGGCCGAAGCGUACUGCCCAACGGCGGCGACCACGAUGCUGCCCGAUCCGGCCAUCCUGCACCCUGCCAGCAUGCUCCACUCGCCCACGCUCGAGCCGCACUCUCCCCUGCCGGCCGUAGCCGGCCCACUGUCACCGAUUUCCAGCAGCGGCGGCGAGACGACGCUGGUGGCCGGCACCACCCGUACCCCGCUGCGACCGAAGCGAUCGUUUACGAUCGAAAGCCUCAUCACGCCGGAAGAGGAGCACUCGGUCGAGCGCUGGAGGGGGGGCCGCAACGAGCGGGAAGCGAGCGAAUCUCCCGGUGCCAGCCCGGCCCGACCGGCCGCCGUGCGGGACAAGCGUUCGAAACGGGGCGGUGCGGACGAUAAGCUUAAUCUGCUGGAAUCGCCCGACCACCACCGGUUACCCUCGCUACUGUCGCUCGCCGGCCACCCGGUACAUCAUGCUGCCGCCCUGCACCACCACCACCAUCAUCAGCAGCACCCGGGGCUGCAUCCACAUACCGGGACGCUACCACCGGCCACCAGUCUGCCGGGCGCGAACAUACCGCACUUUCUGCAGUACGCCCACCCAGCCCUGGCCGGGUACGAUCUGCCCAUCCAUCCGCUGCUGAUGAUGGGCCCGCUCGGUGCAAUACCGCCACACUACUUCCACCACAGCUCGUACCACAGCUUGGCCGCGGCCCACCAUCAGCAACAGCAGCAGCAGCAGCAGCACCUUCACCAUUUGCAUCAUGGCAGCAGUGGGAGGACGGUGGAGACGGGUUCCGGUGGUCGAUCACCAUCCGGUUCCAUCACCGAACCGGACAGUCCCCGGUCGGGGGGAGCAGCACCGACCGAUCUCAGCCGUCCGUUGGGACCGGCACUGCGAAGUGUUUGAAGGUUGCCGAUCGAGUCUUUAGAGAGAAAUGGAGGGAGUUAGCGAGAAAAAGAGAGAUAGAGAGAGAAUGAGAGAGACAGAGAGACAGUUGGUUCCUCAAUCCCGUUCCUGUUAGUGCUCUAGUGGCGCCACCGAAGGCUGUUUGUUGAGUUUGUAUUAUUUUAUUUUUUAUUUCUUGUGUAAUUAGACCAAUAUUUAAUGUGCACUCUUUAAGUUUGUCUCAUUUCGAACCGAUACGCGCCCGUUAGUGCACGUACCUAUUGACGCUAAUUGACUGAUUGUGUGACACACGGGACUAACCCACUCCCGAGCAGGAAGAGUGUCCGAAUGUAGGGACUGGAAGAAGGACAUUCGCCAAAAAAACAACGAUCAUUUGCCCUUCCUUUUUGUAUCACAACUCACACUCUUUCUCUUACUCACACACCCACAAAAACAAUCACUCUUAUUACCACGUGGACACCUCGCGGCUUGUAUUGAAACCACCCAAUCUGUCCCAAACUGGGGUUUAAAUGCCAAUGUUUCAUGCAGCUAGAAUGAUUCCACUUGUUAGCUAGCGGUACCGACCUAAUCCUGUUCGAUGGUGCAGGAAGCGAGGCAGACGGCAAGCAUUGUUGGUUCGAUGCGUUAAGGUUCGAAUUGAGACAGGAAAAAAGGAUACAAAGAUUUAUAGGUGUAAGGUAUAGCGAAAUUCAAGCUCUGUGUACGUGAUUACUUAUUUAAGAACCUGUUUUUACUUCCUAGAACUGAAAUAAACGAAAAUGUGUAUA